UGGAUUAACGCUAGCUAUCUGGGGCACGGGGCCAGCACGUCUAGCCAGCUAGAAGUGCCACGACUUCACAGUAGUCCAGCGAUUGCCCGGCGGAGUUAGAAGCAAAGGAAGCAAUCUCAGGAAAAGCAACUACGUGAAAUCGCUGCAAAUACAGAGGAACGUCACACUGCAAUUUUUAGAUUUCCACUAGAAAGCUCCAAAUCAUCCCUGAUUUUUUUCUUUUGAGUCAAGCGAAGCGGACACAUUCUCAUCACCGUAGCGAGGUGAACUUCCAUUUCACAAUGGACAUCUAUGAACAGGCCCUCGGGAUAAUGGUUUUUGGUGGAUUCAUGGUAAUCUCCGCAGUUGGAAUUGCUCUUGUCUCUACUUUCUCUAUGAAGGAGACAUCUUAUGAAGAGGCUCUAGCAAAACAGCGCAUUGAGUUAGGUACAGUAAAAUCAGGUCGCACAGAGAAAAAGAAGAAGGACAAAACAGCUGACAAAAAGAACCGUGGAAAGAAGAAGGAAGAAAAGCCAAAUGGAAUGAUCCCAGAAGCUGAAAAAACAAAUGCGACUCACAAAGCUGAACUGGUGCCAGAGUCUCGUGCCACCCCAAUUGUGGCUACUGCUCCUGUGGUUCAAUCUGCCCCCAAGGGAAAGACAAAUGCAAGCAGAGCACCAGCAGAGCCACAGUCCAAAGAUGUUAAACCAAGUCAACCACCUGCUGAGUCCUCACUUGAACCUCCUUCUAAAAAUAAAAAGAAGUCAGCCAAGAUUCAAUCAACCUCUGCCCAACCUCCACUCGCGGUUACUUCUUCGUCCGACAAAACUUCACCGAUUCCUGCUUCAGUCCAAGCCACAAAAUCUACCAAGGCAAAAACAGUGGCUCCAUCUUCUGCCAAAUCUCCUGCCAUAGAUAAGACUGCCGCUACAUCUGGCAACUCCACCCCUAUCUCGGGCAAUUGCACUUCUGGCAAGUCUGCUGCGGCCUCAACAAAGUCUAUACCAGCUUCAAGCAAGUCCAACAGUGCCUCUAAAGCCACUCCGACACAGACCAAGGACACCCCUGUUUCUGCCAAGGCCACCACCAAGGCCACCCCUGCCUCUCCCAAGGCCGGUGCCACCAAGGAGGCCCAGACGAAGGGCGCCGCCAAGGAGGCCCAGACGAAGGGCGCCGCCAAGGAGGCCCAGACGAAGGGCGCCGCCAAGGAGGCCCAGACGAAGGGCGCCGCCAAGGAGGCCCAGAAUAAGGGCGCCGCCAAGGAGGCCCAGACCAAGGGCGCCGCCAAGGAGGCCCAGACCAAGGGCGCCGCCAAGGAGGCCCAGACCAAGGGCGCCGCCAAGGAGGCCCAGACCAAGGGCGCCGCCAAGGAGGCCCAGACGAAGGGCGCCGCCAAGGAGGCCCAGACGAAGGGCGCCGCCAAGGAGGCCCAGUCCAAGGGGGCCGCCAAGGAGGCCCAGUCCAAGGGCGCCGCCAAGGAGGCCCAGACCAAGGGCGCCGCCAAGGAGGCCCAGACCAAGGGCGCCGCCAAGGAGGCCCAGACCAAGGGCGCCGCCAAGGAGGCCCAGACGAAGGGCGCCGCCAAGGAGGCCCAGUCCAAGGGGGCCGCCAAGGAGGCCCAGUCCAAGGGGGCCGCCAAGGAGGCCCAGUCCAAGGGGGCCGCCAAGGAGGCCCAGUCCAAGGGGGCCGCCAAGGAGGCCCAGUCCAAGGGGGCCGCCAAGGAGGCCCAGUCCAAGGGCGCCGCCAAGGAGCCGCAGUCCAAGGGCGCCGCCAAGGAGCCGCAGUCCAAGGGCGCCGCCAAGGAGGCCCAGAAUAAGGCCGCCACCAAGGAGGCCCAGAUCAAGGCCGCCGCCAAGGAGGCCCCGGCCAAGACCAAGGCCGCCCCACUCCUUGAAACGGUCUCCAAAGAUGUUCCCAUCAUGGCAGUCCCUCCAGUGGGGUCUAGUGCACCCAAAGCUCAGGAGCCUAAGAAAAAGUCCUCAAAGAAAAAAUCUGAAAGCGUGGCAACAGUGGAUUCCACUCCGCUGUACCUGCCCUACAAGGUUUUGGCUUCCACUGUCAGCAGCAUGGUUUUCAGUGAGAGAGAAGCUCAUGAGCUUAUUGAGAUGCUCUCUGAGAAAGUUGGCAUCAUCCAAGACACCUGGCACAAGGCAGCGCCAAAAGGUGACCAAGUGACCAUGCUGAAGAAACAACUGGAGGAGAAGGAAAAGCAGCUCGGGGCUGAACAAGAGGACUUCACUGCAGCUAAGAACCGUCUAAGAGAUCUUGCUAAGGAGCUCUCUGCUGAGAAGACCAAGGUGGCUAGUGUUGAGACUAGGUUGAGCUCCCAGUUAAGCAAGAAAGAGCAGGAAAUGAUUGCUCUUGAAGCUCGCAUGCAGGCCAGCUACAAGGACCAUGUAGCCCAAACCCAGAAACUCAAUGAAAAGAUUGUAAGUCUGCAAGAUGAGCUUGAAAAGGGUCCCAACGCCCAACUGGCCCGUCUCCAACAAGAGAACUCCAUUCUUCGUGAUGCUCUCAACCAAGCCACCAGUCAAGCUGAGAGCAAACAAAAUGCGGAGCUAGCCAAACUGCGUCAGGAAUGUGCAAAGCUAACCAAGGAAGUCGGAGAGAAGACUGAAAUUCUACACGCAGAUGAACAUGUGAAGAAAGGGUUGGAAGCUAAGGCCUCUGCCAUGGAGAAGCAGCUUUCUGCAUUGCAGGCCAAUCAUGACGAAAGGGAGCAAGCAUUGCAGAGGAAAUUGGAGGAAGUCUGCGUGGAGCUGAGAACAGCACAAACUGCAAACAACAGCCUACAGGACUCUUUGAAAAAGGCCCAGCAGCACACAAGCACACUCUCAGAGUUCCAGGUGCAAAUAGGAAAUCUUGAGGCUCAAGUCAAAGAACGCGCCGCUCAGGUCGACGCUCUCACGACUGAGCUAGAAGGAACACAGGUUGAGAAGCAACAGCUUGUGCAACAGUUGGCAUCCAUCAACUCUUUAUUGGAGGCCAGCCAGAAUAAAAACGAGCAGGAAUCUCAACAGGAGAAGGAGAUGAAUGCUGCUGAGCUUCAGCAAUUAAAGCUCAGUCUGCAGGAGAGGGAUGACCAGUUGAACACUCUCCAGGAGGAACUGAAGCUAUUUCAGAUGAAGGAAACUGCGCAAUCAGAUGAACAGAUACACAACAGUCUGACAGAGAAGGAAGCACUUGUCACGUCACUACAGGAGCAGCUGAAGGAGUUGAAGCAAAAUGAAGCUGCCUUGAUUCAGCUGAAAGAUUUUCAAAGUGAAGCCACAAAAUCCCUCCAAACCCUCUUCCCACUAGUAUCCAUAGAAACGAAUGAGCCAAACUGGUUACAAAGUUUUACGCUGAAAGCUCAGGAGGUUCUUUCACAAGAGAGCCAACAGUCCCAGUCAAGUCAAGAAUUACCUGAGUUGCUUGAAAAGCUGAAGGAGGCUGAGGAGACCCACACAACCCUGCAAGCAGAAUGUGAACAGUACAGAACAGUUUUAGCUGAAACGGAAGGAAUGCUGAAACAUCUGCAGAAGAGUGUGGAAGAAGAGGAGCUAGUGUGGAAGUCUAAAAUGACUUGCUCUGAGGAGCAACUGAAAGCAGCUUUAGAGGAAGUACACAAGCUGGAGUCGGAAAAGCAAAGUAUGAAGCAGCUUAAAGAGCAACUAAUGCUUCUGGAGGCACAGCUGGAGAAGCAAUCAGAAAGCCAUUUCAUGGCCGAGGAGAUGGAACAGCUAAAGAUGCAGCUGUCUGGCAGUCAGAGCCAGCUGGACUUGGCCCAAAAGGAGGCCCAGGCGCACAAGGAGGAACUUGCUAAGGUCAGAGAGAAGCUGAGCCAAGUCGUGUUGAGUGGUCAGCGAGAACAGAACGGCCCCACAGAGUCUCAACCUAGACAGGUUUUGUCAGAGUUGAAUCAGACAACUGAGAAGCUUCAAGAGGAGGCUGCUGAGAGACAGAAGUUGGCAGAAGAGUUUGAGCAGGCCCAGACAACCAUCACAGAACUUCAGGCUCAGCUGAAUCUUCUGAAGGAUUCCGCAGAGUCUCAGCACAAUGAUGCAGAGGAUGUUGCUCAACUCAAGGAACGCCUGGAGAAGGAGAAGAAGUUGUCCAAAGACCUUGGACAGGCAGCCACCAAGCUCCAGCAACUUCUUAAAGCAACUCAGGAGCAGUUGAGUAAAGAGCGAGAGGCAGUGGUAACACUACAAGAGCACCUAGAUGGCAAAGGAGAAUUAAAGGAGGGGACAUCCGUCUGAGAGAAAGCUCAUGGACAACAAACCAAAUAUGCCUUAUGAUUACCAUGGUUAUGCAUUCCAAAACUUUUUUUAUACUGUAGUUGUUUUUUAUUUUCUUUUUGUGCGUGUGUGUGUGUUUCUAGUAAUCAAGUGUUUGAUAUAAGCAUUCAAAUGCUAUAGUUGGAAAUCAAGCUGCAAUCUAGACUGAAACCUACAUUCCAUCAACAAUUCUGACCAUGUCAGAAGAUGUAUAUCCCCUGCCUUUUUGUCCCAACGUUUUCCAAUGGUUCAGUGUUAAAAGGGAUACCGAUUGUGCGUUAAACGUACAUCAAUCUGUGCAAUUACUUUUUUUCAUGUGCUUCAUUGAUGUUAACACUUCAGUGGGAGUACAAAUGCUUGGGGCUUGCUUCUCUAAAGCGGGUCACGAUUUCGAAAUGAAUUUGUAUGAAUGAAUAAACUACAGUGUAACUAUGCCAUUUAAUAGUCAAGGUUAUUCUUUUGACUGCUGAUGCAAUGUGGGCAGUGAAACUCAUUUGGUGGAGACAAUAUUUCUAAUUUUUGGGGUAUUUUUUGACCAUUUUUCACUGAAUGAAGCAUGAAUUUUAAUGACAAUUUUAACAUUAUAGGAGGGCUACGUGGGUGUGAAUUGUUUUGUCAUAGGGUCACAUAGAAGCAUAAAUAAGGAAAAUGGA